AUGACUACAUUCUCAGUGGGGAUUCCCCGGCAAAAGCUAAACAGCGCACAUUCGUUGCAGAACCGCUGUACAGACCGUCCGGUACACUGGAUCAAGUGCGGCAGUUAUACGAGUCCAUUACAACGGAUCUCAUCAAACGAAAUAGCAAAAGUUUUGGAGGCUCGUACCAUGUUGAUGCCGUACGAGACGUCGGAAACGUCGCACACCUACUUCUGCUCCGAGUUCUUUGAUACGCCCAUUAAAGGCAUAAACCACGUCGACCCGCCACAGCCGGACAGGAACCGUGUCGUCGUAAGCAAGGAGACCGGUCGAAUGGGCGAAGUCAUGACGAAGGUCGUCUCAGGGCCAUCGGGGUACCUGUUCAGCCACCUAUCACGGCUCUUCGACCGUAAUAAGUCGACAUUGACUGGGUUUGGACCUGAGCUGGUAAAGAGGUUGCGCGAGGGAAGAAAGAGUGUUGAAGAGGCUGUUUGGACGAUUAUCCCCACCGCUGCAGCAGCUUGUGCUACUCAAGCUCAGGGUGCGCAAUUACUCGAUCUCUACCUCUCAGGCAAAUACGCUGCUCACUGGCCGGCGAUCCGGAGCCUGGCACAAUCGAAAGACCCUGGAUCGUUUGAGAAGCUCAAGAAAUACGCUCUUGAGGGGUACGUUCACCCACUAACCUUGAUGUAA